CCGAGCCGAGCCGUGCCGUGCCGGGGCGUGUGUGGCCGUGCCGAGCCGGGCCCACCAUGGCCAUCGCGCACAUCGCCACCGAGUACGUCUUCUCCGACUUCCUGCUGAAGGAGCCGCCGGAGACGCGCUACAAAGGGCUGCGGCUGGAGCUGGCGCUCGACAAGAUCGUCACCUGCAUCGCCGUGGGGCUGCCGUUGCUCCUCAUCUCCCUCGCCUUCGCCCAGGAAGUCUCCAUCGGUGCCCAGAUAAGCUGCUUCGCACCCAGCUCCUUCUCCUGGAGACAAGCUGCUUACGUGGACUCCUACUGCUGGGCAGCUGUGCAGCAGAAGCAACCAUCCCAAAACAACUUAGAAAACAUCCCCCUGUGGCUGCAUAAAUUCUUUCCAUACAUCCUCCUGCUCGUCGCUAUCCUGCUGUAUCUACCAUGCUUGUUCUGGCGCUUCACCGCAGCACCUCACCUCUCUUCAGACCUGAAAUUUAUCAUGGAAGAGCUCGACAAAGCCUACAACAGGGCAAUCAAAGCUGCUAAUAGCAUCUGUAGAGGAGAUCCCAAGGAUCCUGCUGACUUGCUGCCAGCUGCCAAUGAGAACUUGACACAGAGUUUGUGGGAAAUAUCUGAAAGCCACUUUAAAUACCCAAUUGUGGAGCAGUACCUGAAGACAAAGAAGAAUUCCAGAUGCUUAAUAGUUAAGUACAUUAUCUGCCGUUUACUCACGCUAGUGAUUAUUUUCAUUGCAUGCCUCUACCUGGGCUACUACAUUAGCCUCUCCUCUUUGAGUGAUGAGUUUCUUUGCACUAUCAAAACUGGGAUCUUAAAGAAUGACACCACUGUUCCAGAAGUGGUUCAGUGCAAGCUUAUUGCCGUCGGCGUCUUCAAGGUGCUCAGCUACAUUAACCUGCUCAUCUAUCUCCUAGUGAUGCCGCUGGUAGUGUAUGCAAUGUUUGUUCCGUGGAGGUGGAAUUCAGGGAUUCUCAAAGUGUAUGAAAUCCUGCCAACUUUUGAUGUUCUGAAACUGAAGUCCAAGUGCUUCGAUGACUUAAGCCUUUACCUCCUCUUUCUUGAGGAGAAUGUCAGUGAACUCAAAUCAUUUAAGUGCCUCAAAGUGCUGGAGAACAUCGCGGCGUCGGAGAAGUUCGACGUCAUGCAACUUCUGGUGAACCUUGGUACUAUUAAGACAGAUACCAUAGAUGGGAAGCCAGGGACAGCUGUGUUGGAGAAGUCUGAAGAAACAACUACAGAAGAGCUAGACAAAAAUGCAACAGAACUACAAGUUUUGACAGGCCAUGAUGCAAGUGGCAACAUGAAUACAAGAGAAGAUAAGAAACUCCGCCAAAGACUUGUAGAUUCUUCAUGCUGAUGCUGCCCCACCACAGCAGGCAGGAGCUUCAUGCUGCAGGGGGACUUCUCCUCCACCUUCACUGCACUCAACACAAGGUGCUGCUCUUUGAAUGCAAUCACCUUGGUAGCCUGACAAUUCCUCAGAGGCCAGACUGGUUUACAGACUCUUUAUUGUGUAACAAUCAG